AUGACCAUCCAUAACUUGUACAUAUUUGAUCGGAAUGGCACAUGCCUUCAUUACAGUGAAUGGAACCGCAAGAAACAGGCAGGGAUCUCAAAGGAAGAGGAGUAUAAGUUGAUGUAUGGAAUGCUGUUUUCUAUCCGUUCCUUUGUCAGUAAGAUGUCUCCUCUGGACAUGAAGGAUGGGUUUGUGGCAUUCCAGACAAGUCGCUAUAAGCUGCACUAUUAUGAGACACCUACUGGCAUCAAGAUCGUCAUGAACACAGACCUGGGAGUGCCUAACUGCAGAGACAUACUGCACCAGAUAUACAGCACGUUGUAUGUAGAGUACAUAGUGAAGAAUCCCCUGUGUGUUCUGGGUGAGACUCUACAGAGUGAACUUUUCAACAGCAGGCUGGACUCUUUCAUCCGAGCGCUGCCUUUCUUCAACGUCCGAGCCGCCUAAGACUCGUCUUGGCUCACCUGUUCAUGUGUGUAUGAGUGUCUGUAUGGUGUGUAUGCUUUGCAUGUACUCACACUCCACAACCCAAGGGGCUAAUGACAGAUCACAUCCAUAUUAUUCAGAACUGUGGAACUUGCUAUCCCAAGUCUGUGAACGUGUGGGUGCAGCAGCAGCCUACCUAAGACAUGUUAAAUUUGAAUGUUCAGAAAGCCUUUACAUAUAUCAGUGAAAAGAUGAUUAAUGAAAUCAAUUGGAUUCUAGGAUGCUUACAAGUGGGCAGCCAUACUCUUGAUCUCCACUGUGUACUUCGAAGCUGCAGUGUAUGUAAGCAGAGGUAGACUACUCUUAAGAUUAGUUUAUUGAAAUUCAGAACAAAACCUCCUAGGUAUCAUUUCUUUUUUAUUUAAGUAUUUGUCCUUUCUUGAUGACAAAUGUUGCCACGACAACUGGCUUUGUAUGUGAAUAAAUAUUGCUUAAAAAUAUUGU